AACAGGAAGUGUUGAGGUGAGUUUCGGUUGAAACUUCAGGUGAGCUCAAACUGUGACUGAGUGUGCAACUAAAAGUUUUUCUUAACACAAGCCUUCUGGGUCUUCAGACUUGGCAGAUAUGAAUUCAGCAGGGGCAGGAUCUAAUCUUCAGGUUUAUGCAGUUCGCUUCUGCCCCGGCCAGGAGAUUCUUGGAUCUCUCCAGGCUUUUGUUGAGGAGCGCCGACUUCAAGCACCAUUCAUCAUGACCUGCGUGGGCAGUGUCACUAAGGCGACACUGCGACUGGCAAAUGCCAGCGCCACAAAUACAAACGAGGUGAUUCAUCUCACUGGACAUUAUGAAAUUGUCUCCCUGGUUGGAACUCUUAACAGAGACGCUCACCUCCAUAUCAGCCUUUCUGACGCUGAAGGCAAGACCAUUGGUGGCCAUGUCCUGGGAGAUCUGGAGGUGUUCACCACAGCUGAAGUGGUCAUUGGCGAGGCUGCUGACUUGCUGUUCAUCAGGGAGAUGGACGACCAGACAGGUUUCCCAGAACUGGUUGUGCGACCACGUUUAACAACAAAAUAAUCCAUCCAACAGAGUUUAUUUUCAAAAUCACCCACAAAAGUGAUUAACAACCACUAGACACAGUGUUUUAGAUGAUCACUUAAUUAAAAUAUCUAAGAAAAUACCUUUUAUUUUGCUCCGUCUUGUAGAGUUGUGUGGAGUAAAAAGCUUUAGUCAUGAUGAUUUUGGUACUGUAAUACCUCAGGUUCCUUUAUAUGCAACCUUCUAGCUUGUAAGCACAGUUCUUGAACUUUGACUCCCAAUAAAAUUUCUAUUGCUUAGAUAAAAAA